AUGAAUCUGAAGAACAUCGCCCACACAGUGGCGGGCGUAGUGUGCUUCGGCACUGUCGAUCAGGACAAGGUAAUUGCUGAGCUCCUCGGUGUCGUGCCGUCCAAGCUUGUUCUUGGCAAGACAACACCUCAGGAUGCCUGCCUUUUGAUAUGGGCCCUUGGGAGGGCUCGUUGUAAGGAUUGCAGUUCAGUGAUUUCACAGCUGCUGGAUGCCAUCAGUUCGGAUGUUGGGUCAGCAAGACCUGGGAUGCUUGUGGAUAUAGUUUGUGGGCUUGGGGAGCUGGAAUAUGUGGGUGCUGAUAAGUUCUUGCACUUGGCCAUCCCUGAGCUCCUGAAAGGCAGUCCUACACUGUCAGUGAAUCAGGCGGUGGAGCUGAUUGUUGGCCUGGCCAUGCUGAAGCACAAGAAUGCAGAGGUGGUGGAUUUGCUGGACAUCUUGCGUCCUACAAUUCAAAUUAACAUGUACCAGUUGGAUUCUGCGGCCAGAGAGAACCUGACUCAGGCCCUAAACGCGCUCGAGUACAACCCAGGUGAUCGGUUCUGGUCUGAGAUUUUAAAGGCGGGAGACAGGAAAAGCCAGUGA